UCUCCGCCCGCUGCUCCCUUCGGUUGGAUCGCUCCGCUACUCUUUCUCUCGGCGGUGGGUCGGAGCCGCGGUCCCUGGCCUCGCAUGUUCCCCUCCAAACUCCCGGUUUCAAUUCGAUGCCCCUCCUGUAGCUUCGCUCCAUCUACACGCCUCUGAAGGGCCGCAGUCCCCCGGUGUCUUAUUUACCCCACCAUUUGUUUUUUAGGGAUUUGAAGCCGAACAUGGCCGUUGUGAGCGGAUCGUCUGGGCCGGUUGCCCGGCUCGAGGGCCGUGAAUUCGAAUACAUGAUGAAAAAGCGCUCGGUGACCAUCGGCCGCAACUCGUCUCAGGGCUCCGUGGACGUGAGCAUGGGCCACUCCAGCUUCAUCUCCCGCCGGCACCUGGAGAUAUUCACCGCCAGCGACGACGGCACCGGCGGCGGGGAUUUUUACCUGAGGUGUCUCGGUAAAAACGGGGUGUUUGUAGACGGAGUGUUCCUCAGACGGGGCGCCCCUCCUCUGCAGCUUCCACGAAUGUGCACUUUCAGAUUUCCCAGCACAAACAUCAAGAUCAUGUUCACAGCUCUGUCCAGUGGGAAGAAGGUGAAGCGUGAGGCUCCAGAGUCCCCAGUGAAACCAGUGCAGCCGCAGAUCUCCCCCCUGACUAUCAACAUUCCAGACAACAUCACUCACAUAAAGAGCCCCCUGCCGUCGCCGACUGGCACCAUUAGUGCUGCUAACUCGUGCCCCUCCAGCCCGCGGGGCGCAGGCUCUUCAGGCUACAGGAUGGGCGGUCGUAUGGUCAGCUCUGCAGAGCUGCAGCUUAUAAACGACAACUCCCAGCCUGAGAACGACAAAGAUGCCUCCGGAGGGGACAGUCCCAAGGAUGACUCCAAACCUCCGUACUCCUAUGCACAGCUGAUAGUCCAGGCCAUUACACUGGCUCAGGACAAGCAGCUCACACUAAACGGAAUCUACAAUCACAUCACAAAGAACUAUCCUUACUACAGGACUGCAGACAAGGGCUGGCAGAACUCGAUUCGUCACAAUCUUUCCUUGAACCGUUAUUUCAUCAAAGUGGCGCGGUCGCAGGAGGAACCUGGCAAAGGCUCGUUCUGGAGGAUAGACCCGUCCUCAGAGGGCAAGCUGAUAGAGCAGGCCUUCAGGAAACGAAGGCCCCGGGGUGUCCCCUGCUUCAGGACCCCACACGGACCCCUCUCCUCCAGGAGUGCACCAGCGUCUCCCAAUCACUCGGGGGUGCUUUCCGCUCACUCCAGUGGAGUCCAAACCCCCGACAGCCUUUCACGAGAGGGCUCCCCGGUUCCGCUGGAGUUGGAGACCUCUGCUCCCACUCCGGUGUCCACCGCUGCAGUCCAGCCCAAACUGGCAGUCAUCCAGGAAGCACGCUUUGCACAAAACACAACAGGCUCGCCUGUCAACAACCAGCCGGUACUCAUAGCAGUCCAGCGCCAGUUACCUCAAACCAUCAAGCCAGUGACCUACACCAUGGCCUCCCCAGUGAGCACCAGCACCUCCCAGCCUGCGGUCCAGACUGUCCACGUCCUACAGCAGAUCCCGGCAGGGGCCCUGAACUCUGCCGCCGUCAUCACCCAGCCAGCCACCAUCAUCAAGAGUGAGACGCAGGAGAACGGAGAGCACACAGAGGUCAAAGUCAAAGUGGAGACUGUUCCAACCAUCACCUCUAUAGGCGGCUCCAGUCGCAUCAUCCAGAGCUCCCAGUCAGCCACAGCCCUGCAGACUGUUACCAUAGUGCAGCAGGCCCCCAUGGGUCAUCACCAGCUGCCCAUUAAGGCCAUCACACAAAACGGCACCCACAGCAUCACCACUGCCAUCCAGGGACCCACCAGCUCAGCUCCGGCUUUGGCGAGCCCCCUCCACCUGCUGGCGGACCACGCAUCCGCCUCGGCCUCCCUCCCCACCAAACGCCAGAACGGGGAUCAGCUGGCCAGCGAACAGCCGGACGCCAAGCGUGUCAAAGUGGAGGAGGAGGCGGCGGCCUCGGCCGUCGCAGCAGACUCAGACUCGUCGGCAGCUAACAACCAAGGAAGCCAUCCCAACUAGUCUGCACCACCACACGCACCACACAACCCCCACCACCACCACCACCACUGUCUCCUCCUCCUUCUAUAGUUUCUCCCUUUCUCGUCUCCCCUCCCCCGUCGUUUUUGUUUUGUUUCUCCUGCUUCUACCACUGACUCCAGAGGUGCCAAAUGGAGAAGAUUCUUUUCAUUUUCAGUUUGAGUUCUGUUCUGGAGCAUCAAAAAGAAUAUAGAUAUGUCCACCCCUUACAGACUGGAAUGUGGGUUGAGAAUAAAGUACAGAAACGGGACAAAGAACUCAAAGGUGCCCCCUGUGAGCCACUGAAACAGGAGAGUGAUGAAACCAAGACCACAGGAAGCCUUAACAACAAUUUACCCUUCAGAGCUGACCUUUGACUGAGCUCGGGCUGGACGCCGCCUGUCUGUCACAUCUACCUCAGAGCAGAUAGGAGACUCCAGCAGAGACAACACAUCCCCAGUUCGUGACCAACCGAGAACGUCGAGCAUCCAAUGGUUAAUAAAUAACGGUCAACGCAUUUAGGAAGGGAUCAACUCGGAGCCAAUAUUCCUGAAACUCUGGCAGCUAGCCUCUCACAAUACUGACCUUCCUUUAUCGCAGCUGUACGUAGAUAUGCAGUAUUUUGUUGUUCAAAAUGUGGAGCAUAGGAUUUUUUUUAAAUGUAUUUUCACCUCUCUAGAUACGUAAUAAUUUAA